ACCGACAAGAGUUCCCACAGAAACUCAUCUCCUCCACCCACUCUUUCCCUUUCACUUUCAGGUACACCCCACUCCCUCUUCAAUGAGUGCCAAUGACCAAUACUCUUCCCAUUCGAUCUUUACAUUCAAUUUCUUCUCCAAAUCCACAUUUUCUGCCAAAAGGGUACCCAGUUGCCCAAUUUCCUCCCAGGGGUGUUUUUUAUGGGACAAAAGGAGUGAAUGAAUGUCCUUCGGUUAGAGCCUAGUAAGGCCAUGGAAGAGGUAAAAAGUUCAAUGGAACUGCUGAGUAGAGUGAACCUGGACAUUGCAUAUUCUUCUGAGAAACUGGCGAAUCUUGGCCAGCUUCUCACGAUUGUGCUUACAAAACAAGAAGAAGUCGAAGAAGCAAUGGCGGUUGAGGAUGAAGACAACAAUGAUUCUGUGGAUUCGGUCGAGAAAGCACUCACACUGCACCACUUGAAUGUGCUUCUCAAGGCCGAGCUAAGACAACUGGAUGAUUUUGUGAGUCGUGUGCACGAUCUGAUUCUUGAUACCCGCCAAAAGAUUUGUUCACAGGAGGAAGAGAAUGAGUUCCACAGCUCAGAAGAAUCGCUCGGGCAACUGAAAGAAGGGAUUCUUAAGAUGAAGAUGCAGCUUGACAGGCCAUUGAUGGUUGGCUCCCUUUUCUCUGAUCAAGAUGAAUGGAGACACGGGUUGAAUUUGAAGCCGCAAGAAAAGCGUGUCUUAAGAAUGCUGGAGAAGUCUCUAGCAAGAGAAGUGGAACUUGAGAAGAAAAUAAUGGCUAUGAAACAGAACGAAGACGAUCUGAAACUGAAGCUUGGGCUAAGAGAACAAGUCACGUUGCACAUGGAAGAAGCCGCGGAGGUAAUAUGGGGAAGGUUUUUAGAGGCAGAAAACACAGUUGAGGUUCUCAUGGGCAUCUCCAAAGAUAUGGUAGGGAGACUCGAAAUGGCGAACCUAAACAUGAACUCUUCCCUUCAAAGAGAGCGCGAUUUGCAAUCCAAAUUAGAAACUUGCAUGGAAAACUCAAAUGCCAAAGAUCUCACCAUUCAUAGUCUUGACAAAAGCAUUGCGCUGCUCAAAGCUGGAAACUCCGAAGCACGAAAAAACAUCAAAGAGUUAGAGCAAAAACUAAGCGCAUCCGAGUCCAAACUGGCACACGCGAAUUCAUUGGUCAAAGUGGGCCGUGACCAGAUCAAAGAAAUGGAAAGUGAAAUUGAAUCUUUGAGAGAAGGUGCUUACCAAAUGGAGACCCGGGCUGAGAGCGCCGAGGCAAAAGCAUUACAGUUAGAAGAGACAAACUUGGAGCUAAGCGAAGAACUCAGUUUCCUCAAAGACAGCCACAAAAAAAAGGCCAACCUACUUGAGAAAGAUGUAAGAGAGUUGGAAAUCCAAUUGCAGCAUUCAAAAGCAUCUUCUGAGGCAAGCCAAGAGCAGCAAAACAUGCUGUAUUCUGCCAUUUGGGACAUGGAGACAUUGAUCGACGAGCUGAAGCAAAAGGUUUCAGUAGCAGAAAACAAGACUGAAGUUGCAGAGGAGCAAUGCAUUGUCUUGUCUGAACUCAACUCAGAGCUCAACGCUGAAAUAGUCAACCUAAGGGGCAGAGUGGGAAGUUUGGAGGGUUCUUUGAGUAAAGCCAAUGCUGAGAAAAUGGCCAGCGCAAAAGACAUUAAUGUUAAGACAAAGCUUAUAAUGGAUUUGGUAAUGGAACUAGCAGUAGAACGAGAACGGGUACAAAAACAGUUAUGCUGUUUGACAAAGGAAAACAGAUUGUUGACCAAGAGGUUACAGAUGAACAGAAGUUCAGAAGAUAAAGAACAAUUACCCUUAACAGAGAAUUUUGUUGUCCAAGAAAAUCCUCAGGAGGUGCCCCUAGAAUCCUCUCUGAGAAGCACCCAGGUGGAAGAUGUGGACGAUAAUGCCCUCCACAUAGAAACUGAACAUGAUCAUCGUAAGAGCAGAAGACGCGCGUUCAUGGCGAUUCUCAUCUUGUUGCUCUCGGUAUCAGCUCCGUUGAUGUUAUAUGGCCGAAUAUAUACGUUUGCUAACUAUGGUGGUUGACCACACUUGACAUGUUCUUGCUGCCUGUGAUAUCUCUAUGUAACAAUAAUAUGUGUCACACAAUUCAUGCAAGUGUUUGGAUGUAUUAAAUCUCACUUGUAACUAAUAUAUUCAGAUAGAGUAUAUUUUUACAAUCUGAGUGCUACAUUCUUUUAGCAAUGAAUCAACAUGUUCUUCAUUG